UAUGAUGCCUGUAUAUGCCUGCCAGUUUUUUUUUCCUUUACACUGUCACAGAGGUGGUAAUUAAUUUAUGUUUUAGCAUUGAUGUUAUAGUUAAGGUGCUAUAACUGGAACAUGACCUUCUUAAAGACAUGUUAUGGCAGGGUUGUUUUAUUAGACUGCGUUAUAUUGCAUGGGUGUGCCUAAUUAUGUUUAAGUUAACGAAGUGUACAAUUACUGUAGGUGCUUGGAGUUGCUGCAAGUGUUUACUUAGGCACUCUUGACUGUUCUUUGGACAGGUGCAUGAAUUUGUCCAAGUUUAAAAUGUAGCCUGAACAGUGAAGCUACAGUAUGUUAACACUGCAACAGCUUCAUGCGACUAAUGUAUUUGCAUUUACGACACGAUAAGAGAACUUGUGCGGUGCAAUAAAUGUAAAGAGGGUGCCAGUCUCAAACAGCAAACUGUGCAAUUGCAGGCAGAGAUAAUGUAAUGUAGCACCACAUAACUGCUGCUGUAAGUUGUCACAGCUAUGAUGCCGUAAGUGCCACAAGAUCCACUUUGCAUCGCAUGCACUAGAAAGCAGUACACACCUUCAGUCCACAGAGAUUAUAAAUGACAGGACUAUUUUUAACCGUGCAGGCUUUUGUGAAGGAAAUGGUUGAAUGGCAGUUCACAAGCAGUGAAGCUAAUUAAGCUCAUUUUUGUGACAAAACUCCCACAGUAAGCAACAUAUGGAAAUAAUAAUGUACAGAACAGAGCCUUGUCUAUGCUCCUGAACCUUACACACCCUUUUUUUCUGUUCACUCCUACUGGGCAGGCAUGACAUCAUCUAUUACAUAAAACACAUUCUCCUCAUGUAACACUACUGGAAUUGUUCAAACUUGAAUGUCAGGUUAUUUCCUUUUGAUUUCAACCUUUUCAUAGGAUCCAAAAAAAACAAAAAGAUAAUGCCACUACUUAAUUAUAUGUAUUUCACAGUUAGAUUAACCGUAGCUGGUUUAUUUUCUGAUUUACUAGAUGGGAAAAUUUCAACACUGGAUCAUAUGACUUCUGGUACACGAAACAAAAUCCCAACUCUGCAGUUCCUCUUGUAUUGAGGAUUUUUGCAUUGCACUCAUUUUUGGAUUCACUUCCAAAACGUCUACAAUAUCAGCUCUAAACAGCAGUCAGACAAGAAGAAGAGGUUAGUGACGAGCUGGUGAACAAAGUUGGAAAGUUAAAAAAAUUCUAUGAUCUGAUUUCUUUGAAUGCUUGAAGUCCAUAUUGCAUAUUGCGAUGACAAGGCAGUGUUGUGUAAGUAUUUCCAUGCCGUUUGUUGCAACACUGGGCGUCUUGGCUGUUCCACUUAUAAAGCAUGCCAAAAUAAAUACGUAAUGUUUGUAAAACCUUUCAUGAGAGUUCAUUUCUAAUCUGAAUAGGUACAUGACGAAAAAGAAAAAAAAGAUGAUGCCAAUAUACUUCUUGGUUUAACAAAUAAUGACACUGUGAAUCAAUUUAUAUUCAUUUCAAAUUAGAAAAUCACUGGCAGGCCACUACCACCUUCAUUAGGUAGAUACAGCAGGUUAAUACACAGGUGCAAUAAAUAUAACUACACGAUAAUAAAAGUCAUAAAAUAAUCACAUCAUAAACAUACUUAUGGGAAAGAUAAACAAACUGUAUUUUGCUUGUCUUAUCUCUACAGGGACGGAGUUUCCAACCCUGCUAAAAGCCUGGGUAACGCUACUGAUUUUGGAACAGUAAGGAGCAUCCAAGGACCAAAGGUUGGCCACUGAUUCAUAAGGACACAAAAAAAUUUUAUUUAAAGAUGAAAGAGAGAUCAUAUUGUAAAACCUAUCUCAUGGGUGUCAUUCAAGUUCAGUUAUCUGACUUUAAAGGAAAGAAAAAAGCAUCUACAGAGUCGGAUAUUUCCUUUUAACAAAGUAAAAAGUACUAAAAGAAGGGUGAAUGUUGAGGAAUGUAAUGAUGAGGUUUAAAGGAUUAAGAAUGGCACAGUGUUUAUUAUAACAAUGAGCAUCUGGAUGUUCCAGUUUUGAAGUAUGCCAAAGCAAAUACCUGCCGCUCGGAAAACAUGACCUGAGAGGUGAUUUCUAAUGUAUGAUAUGAAAAGUGAGAUGAUAUGAAAAGAAAGAUAUAACCUAAAUUAGAUUGUUAGUUAGAUUGUUAUUAGAUUUAUGAAAUACGUAUGAAGAAAGAAUAUCGUCACUUGAACUAGGCGCUCAAAAAUAUUUAAAUUCUGUAAGGUAUGUCGAAUAAAGACUUACAUUUACUAGGAGGUGCUAUUAUUGUUUUUACUGAAUCAAAAAUAUGUGUUAAUAGUUGUAUUAAACUUCAUUCAUUUUAUUUAUAUAGUAACUUUCAUAUAAGAAAUGCAGCUUAAAGUGACUUAAAACUAAGAAAUCACAUGCUUCAAAAAGAGCCAUGAAAAAGGCAAAAGAUAAUGUGAAAUAAUAAAAACCACUUGAUACUAAUAGUAGUCAUGAGAUAAGGAAAAUACCAAAAAAAAAAAAAAAACCCGCUGACUAAAAAUAAAGUAAGAAUGAAGUGAAACACAACAUUUUAAAGCGGUGCAGCAGUGCAUACAUCAGCCUGCAACAGGAAAAGCAUGUGUAGUUAAAAUCUAUACUUCUUACAAGCAAGUAGUUAACAAGACGGUUUGCAUUGUAGUCCUUGCUAUUAAGAACUUUGCAUAUGAGAGGGGGACCUUAAAAUCUUCUAUUGCCUUUUAUAUCUACUAAAAAGAAAGCAAGAAAAUCUGCACUGUCAAAUUAGAAAAUACUAUUCGCAUCACGAAAACAUUUUGUUAGUUGGGUAUUUUUACUUUAAUGGUUAAAAAACAUUUGCUUUGGACAGAGCAUAUACAACGAGAGAGUUUUAUGAGUGUUGUUAUAAACUUGCUAUCUUACUAUUUAUUUGAUAACGUAUCUGGCGUGUGUGUGUGUAUCAGUUGAAUUUUAUGGCAUAGCUGUGAGGUAAAUUACAUAGGUGCAAUAAAGUAGUACAUAAGAUGUAUGAAAUAAUCCAUUGUUAAAUGAUAAACAUGUCUGUGAAGAAAUAGUUUGAUGAACGAAAUCUAUUUUGCUUGACUUAUUUCUACAGUUUCAAAGCCGCAGGGCUAAAAGCCUGGAACAGGGAGAAGACCAUCCAAGAAUCUGAGGGUGCCCAAAGAGUCAUAAGGACACUAAAAGGUUUGAUAUGAAGUUAGAAGACAGACCAUAUUGUAAAAUGCUAUGGGUGCCACUUAAAUUCAGUUCUCCAACUUUAAGGGAAAGAAGAAAAACUCUUCUUUAAGAAAGAUGACCUAAACGACUGAACGAGGAGCUGUUGAAUUUGACUGCAUUAUAAAAAUAUAGUCUACCUUUAUUUAUACAAAUCAGAAGCACCUCUGAGUAUAAUAAAACACAGUUCAACAGUACUACAACCAUGAAGUCUACAAGAUGGCCAUACAGUUGAAUCAGCACCUCUCUAAAACUGAAUGUUAUGAACUUCAUGCACUGUGUUGACGUGUGUUAGACUGAAUUAGUUGAGGAAAGUGGCACAUUAUACACUGAGAGUAUGCCCAAUUUUUGUAUUACUUUGAUAGACUAUCUGGAUCUUAACAUUAUGUGCAGCUAGUUAAAGUUAAACAUUUUCAUAAAGUACUGCAUAUAAUUUGAACAAACUAUUUUCUAAUAAGAAUCAAUGUGUAUACAAUGUGGCUGAGACAAAAAUAUCUUAAUGUUUGUUAAAGACAGUUCAUGCAAUAUUGAAACUAAUUUAAGAUAAUGUUUUUAUAUCACACAGCUUUUUAGACCAAGAUGGACUCUACUGGGGUGAAGGAAAAUGGCCACACAAAGGUCUACAAACCUGUGGCUGGAAUCUUUCUCGAAAAGACAAAGGAGAAGGUAACCAUAUACCAAGCCAUGAAAAAACGUCUUCUUAAGCCAGGAACAGCAUUAGCCCUGCUUGAAGCACAGGCAGCCACAGUGGGCAUCAUCGACCCGAUAAACAAUCAAAUACUUCCCGUAGAAGAUGCUGUUAAAGAGGGAAUAGUUGGACCAGAGAUGAAAGAGAAACUCCUCUCAGCAGAGAAAGCUGUCAAAGGCUAUGAAGACCCCUACACCAAGCAAAUAAUAUCUGUAUUCCAAGCUAUGCAAAAGGAUGUAGUCCCAAAAGAUUAUGGAUUGAGGCUGCUGGAAGCGCAGAUAGCCACACAAGGCCUGUUUGAUCCUGCUGAGAAGAAAACAAUUUCAGUUGAAUCAGCGAUCCAGAAGGGCCACUAUGAAAAGGAUUUGCUCAACAACGAGAUGUCAGAGCUCAAAGUGUUCUACAAUCCAAGCUCACAGGAAAAUCUUAACUACAAAAACCUCCUAGAGAAAUGCACUGUGGAGCCUGAAACAGGCCUGAUGCUCCUUCCUGUUUGCAUCACCUUCAAAGGUCUGCGAAGAGGUAUUUCCUCCACUGAACUCCUUCAGUCAAACAUCAUUGACAAAGAACUAUUCGAUGACCUACAGAAGGGAAAGACCACAACACAAGAUGUGAUGUUGAUGGAAACAGUGAAAGAAUACCUGGAGGGCAAAGGCAGUAUUGCAGGCGUUGCUGUACUCUCAACAAACCAGAGAAUGAGCAUUUAUCAAGCCAUGAAGCAAGGCAUACUGAUGCCUGGAACAGCACUAGUUCUUCUGGAGGCACAAGCUGCAACUGGAUUCAUGAUAGAUCCUGUGGAAAACAAAAAGUUCACUGUGGAUGAGGCCAUCAAAAACCAACUUUUUGGGCCAGAAUAUCAUGCAAAACUGCGUUCUGCUGAGCGGGCGGUAACUGGAUACAAAGAUCCAUACACAGGUGAAACUAUAUCCCUCUUUCAAGCACUGUCAAAAGACCUCAUUGUUAAGGAACAUGGGAUUCGCCUGCUUGAGGCACAAAUUGCCACAGGUGGAAUAAUAGACCCAAUCAACAGUCACAGACUUCCCACAGAAGUAGCCUUCAAGAGAGGUUAUUUUAAUGAAGAAAUGAACAAAAUACUAGAAGAUUCAGGGGAUGAUACCAAAGGGUUUUUCGAUCCAAACACAGAAGCCAACCUAACUUAUCUUCAGCUGAUGGAAAGGUGCGUUAUUGAUCCCAUCACUGGACUCUGCCUCCUUCCUCUCACUGAAAAGUCAGGCAAGCUGAAUUUCAACUUCAUUGACUACCAAACUAAAAUGUCCUUCAAAGAAGAGAAGGUGAACGUGACAUGUGGAAAGUACAUGGGAAUGACAGUGUCUCUGUGGGAACUCCUGAUGUCAGAAUACUUUGAUGAACAUCAGAGGAGGGACAUCAUUCAAAAAUUCAGAGAAGGGAAAACCAAUAUCAAGAUAAUCAUCACAACAGUUCUGGAAGUCAUAGAAAAGUCUGUGAAAACAACUAAAGUUGUUUUUGAAGGCAUCAGAGACACUGUCACAGCCAAACAGCUUGUGGAGGCAGAUAUCAUUACCAAGGAGGUCAUGGAAGAUCUACAAAAGGGAAAAAUAACAGCGAAGGAUGUGAUUGAAGAUGAAAAUGUAAAUGUGUACCUACAGGGGAAAGAAAGCAUUGCGGGUAUUCUGCUUCCUAAUUCUCAAAUCAUGACCAUCUACCAGGCUAGACAAAAAGGAAAGCUGAUGCCAGGAACUGCUCUGAUUCUAUUGGAAGCACAGGCAGCAACAGGGUUCAUAAUUGACCCUAUUUGCAACAGGAAGUUUUCAGUGGAUGAUGCUGUCAAAGCAAAGAUUGUGGGGCCUGAUGUCUGUCAAAAGCUGCGCUCAGCAGAGAAAGCGGUCACUGGGUACAAAGAUCCAUAUGAUGGCAAAAUAAUCUCCCUGUUCCAAGCAAUGCAAAAAGAUCUCAUCCUAAAAGAUCAUGGAAUUCGACUCCUGGAAGCACAAAUUGCUACUGGUGGGAUCAUUGAUCCAGUGAACAGCCAUCGCAUUCCUGUCCAUGUGGCCUACCAGAGGGGAUACUUUAAUGAGGAAAUGAAUACGAUUCUGGAUGAUCCAAGUGAUGACACCAAAGGAUUCUUUGACCCCAACAACCACGAGAACCUGACUUACUUGCAGCUCAUGGCCAGAUGCGUUACUGAUCCGAGUACAGGUCUGUGCCUGUUGCCACUCAAAGGCAAAGGUCACAAAAUUAACAUAAAUGAUAAUACGUGGGAAAAAUUCAAAACAACAACAGUUACUGUUAAGUAUGGAAGGUUCAAGGGCAAGCACACAACUCUGUGGGAUAUCUUUAAUUCAGAGUAUCUGUCUGAGGAAAAAAGACAGGAGUUUUUCAAGCUCUUCAAGUCAAGGAAGAUCACAAUUGAGCAACUCAUUGUCACCAUUUUGGAGAUCAUUGAGAGCAAGGAGAUAAAACAGCAAGCAGGGCUGAACUUCAAAGGUCUCAGAGGAGAAAUCUCUGUUGUUGAUCUUUUGGAGCUUCAAAUUGUGGAUAAAAAUACAUACAACAAUUUGAUCAAUGGAAAUAUGACAAGCACUGACGUGAUGAAAAUGGACAGUGUACAUGCCUACCUACAAGGGCAAAGUUGUGUUGCUGGAGUGAUUCUGCAACCCUCCAAUCAGAAGCUAAGCAUCUAUGAAGCACAAAGUAAUGGCAUUCUCACACGUGGCACUGCCCUUUGCCUCCUUGAAGCACAAGCAGCCACAGGAUUCAUUGUCGAUCCCCUAAAAAACAAAAAACUCACAGUGGAACAAGCUCUCAAAGAAAAGGUAAUUCCUCCACAGGUGUAUGAAAAGCUUUUGUCUGCAGAGAGGGCUGUCACUGGUUACACAGAUCCAUACACUGGUCACAAGAUCUCACUCUUCCAAGCCUUGAAAAAGGAUCUCAUCGUCAAACAGCAUGGCAUCCGUUUACUUGAAGCCCAGAUUGCCACAGGUGGUAUCAUUGAUCCUUUGAAAUGCCUUCACUUACCCCUUGAGGUUGCAUACAGGAAAGGAUAUUUUGAUGCAGAACUUAAUCAAAUCCUAUCAGACUCAACUGAUGACACAAAGGGCUUUUUUGACCCAAAGACACAAGAGAAUCUCACCUACAUGGAAAUGUUGGGUAGAUGUGUCAAGGACAAGGAAACAGGACUUCUUCUCCUGCCACUGAAUGCCUCACCAAAAGCUACAGGAACAAAGGCAAAAAUGUAUACUGACACAGAGAUAAAGCAAGAGUUUGAAAAGACAUCUGUGAGCAUAUCAGUGGGACGCUACUCAGGGAAAUCAGUUUCUCUGUGGGACUUGAUUCACUCUAGGUACUUCACUGAGGACCAACAGCUUGAAUUCACCGAAAAAUACAGAUCAAGGACAGUUAGCAUAGAAACCAUAAUCACAUUAGUGAUUUCCACCAUUGAAAAACUGGAGAAGAGUGAAACUCCCAAAAUGACAAUGGGCCUGCGAAAGCCCGUCUCUGCACAACAACUAUUGGAUUCUGAUAUCAUUGAUGGAGAUGCAUUCAAACAGGUGAAAGAAGGGAAAGUGGCUUUUGAAGCAGUAACCCAACAUGAACCUGUGAGAGGAUACCUGAAGGGAACCGGAAGCAUCGCUGGAAUUAAACAUUAUCCGUCCCAGAAAGUAAUGAGCAUCUACGAAGCAAAAAAACAAGAUCGGCUGACACCUGGCAUUGCACUUGAACUACUUGAAGCACAGGCUGCAACAGGAUGGAUUAUCGAUCCUGUCAAAAACAAGUUCUAUACUGUUGAUGAGGCAGCAAGAGAGAAAAUAAUUGGACCAGAUGUACAUGAGCAACUUCUAACAGCUGAACGAGCUGUUACAGGCUAUAAAGAUCCAUACACAGAUAUUACAAUUUCACUAUUUGAAGCCAUGAAUGAACAGCUGAUUCAAAGAAGUGAUGGCAUUCGUCUUCUUGAGGUACAGAUGGCAACUGGAGGAAUAAUUGACCCAAAUCAAAGUCACAGACUGCCUGUUCAUGUUGCUAUCAAAAGGGGCUGUCUGGAUGGUGAAAUCAGCAAAAUCCUGUCAAACCCCACUGAUGAUGUGAAGGGAUUCUUUGACCCAAAUACCAAAGAAAACCUCUCUUACCUUGAGCUCAUAAAGCGAUGUGAGAAAGAUCCAGACACUGGGCUACUUCUUCUACCCCUGCAUGAAGAGGAAUCCCAUGAAUUUCACACAAAUGAGGAAAUAGAGCUUGCCUUCAAAAACAAAACUAUUGCCAUGGAUGCAGGGAAAUUUAAAAACAAGAAGGUGACCUUGUGGGAAGUAUUGGUCUCUGAAUACAUUUCAGAACAAAAAAGGGCGCAGCUCAUACAACAAUACAAGACAAAAGCCAUGAAAAUAGAGGAGAUAGUUGAAAUCCUCACUGUGAUCAUUACGGAGGUAUCAUCCAAAGAAAGAAAGUUCAAGGGACUGAGAAAGCAGGUCUCAGCCAGUGAGUUGUAUGAGUCAAAGAUUAUUUCAAAGGAGCUUUUUCAACAGAUCAUACAAGGGAAAGUAACUGAAGAGAAAGUUGACAAAAUGGAAUCAAUUCAAAAGUACCUUGGAGCUACAAACUGUAUAGCAGGUGUCAGAGUUGAAUCUACAAAGAAAGUUAUGAGCAUCUACGAAGCCAAGAGCAAAGGCCUUCUGACCCCUGGUACGUCUCUGAUUCUGCUGGAGGCCCAAGCUGCCACUGGUUUUGUCAUUGACCCAGUCAAAAAUAAGAAACUUUCUGUUGAGGAAGCUGUAACUCAAAGAGUAGUUGGCAGUGAGUGGAAAAACAAACUACUUUCAGCAGAACGAGCAGUUACUGGGUACAAAGAUCCCUACACUGGAAACAUGAUUUCCUUGUUCCAGGCCUUGAAAAAGGAUCUCAUUGUCAAAGAUCAUGGAAUUCGUCUUCUUGAAGCACAAAUUGCCACAGGAGGCAUCAUUGACCCAGUGUACAGUCACAGAGUACCUGUACAGGUAGCAUAUGAAAGAGGCUACUUUGAUGAGGAAAUGAACCAGAUUCUGUCUGACCCUGAUGAUGACACCAAGGGCUUCUUUGAUCCCAACACUCAAGAGAACCUCACCUAUCUCCAGCUCAUUGAGAGGUGCAUUACAGAUCCCAUUACAGGUCUUAGCCUACUCCCCUUGCACGGGUGAAGGCAGAAAACUUUUUCUCAAGCAACCUUAGUUGUAUUGCCAAGUUUUUACUGUGUAUGUUUAUUUUUUACAUUAACACAAACUUCCAGUUAAUAUAGUUUUUCCUCUUAGUAAUACAGAAAUCUUACUAAAUGUUUUAAAAAAUGCAUUUAAGGUUGUCCUUAAAGAAAUAUGGAAAAAAAUACAGUUCUACCACGGCACUGACAAACCAAAUUUGAAUUCAGCCAUUACUGAAAUCCUAAAAUGAAUCCAACCUGGGGUAAUUAAGAAUGAAUGCACUGAAAGCCUCUCAUAUAUUUUCAGAAAUCUUUAGUCUAUAAUCUAAUGAUGACAAAAGAUUCUAUGCAUAUAGAUUCUAAUAGCGUUAGUUACCUGUGUUAGAUAUAUCAAAUGUCUGCUGUGAAAAAAAGUCUACUGGUUCUAUACGAGUUUACAUUUAAAAGUACAUAUCUGUUGGCUCUGUCUUUUUCUUGUUGUAAAUCUCUUUAUUAUGACUUAAUUCUGGUCUUCUUUGAAAACACACAAGACGGUUCCAAACAUAUUAAAUUGGGUGAUUUCUCUGUUUUUAUAUUGUUUUGUGGGAAUCAAUUGCUUUAAUUGUUUUUACCAGAUAUAACUUGCCUUUCGCAGAAAGUAGAUUCAGUUUUGUUUUACAUAUAAUGCUUUUUAGCUUUUCUUACUAAAUUUACCUAAGUAAGUCAAAUAUGAGUAAAGAGAAUAUAGUUUUGCUUGGUCUGCUUUGACCUCACUUGGAAGCCAGCUAGACGUAUUGUUUUUUUGUACUACUGUAAAACAUUUCUUGCUCAAAGAGCUUCAUUGUGUUGCUCAAUAAAUAAAUAAGCAAGGAAUAAA